AGAGCACUGCAGUUGGGAGCGGUGUACACCGAGGGAGGGAUGGUACAGGGAGAAUGCUAUAGUGUUGGACUCUUCCGCUAUAUGGACGUGUUCAGUGCCGCCCCACCUGGCAGAUUAGAGAAGCCCGUUCCUCACCAAGGCUGGGACGGUGUUCUGAAAGCCACUGACUACAGUAAGAGAUGCAUGCAGCUCAAUCCUCUCGCUACUGAUGUCGUGGGCAGUGAGGACUGUCUCUACCUGAACAUCUGGGUCCCUCAGGGCAGAAGUGUGUCUUCCAAUCUGCCUGUUAUGGUGUUCAUCUAUGGUGGUGGCUUCCUGCUUGGUGGUGGUCAGGGUGCAAACUUCUUGAACAACUACCUGUAUGAUGGACAGGAGAUCGCAGACAGAGGAAAUGUCAUCGUGGUGACAUUCAACUACCGUGUCGGAUACCUCAGCAGCAGAGAUGCUGAUGCACCUGGAAACUAUGGCCGGUGGGAUCAGCACGCCCCUAUCCCCUGGGUACACAGAAACAUCAGGAAUUUUGGUGGCAAUCCAGACAACAUUACCAUCUUUGGGGAGUCAGCAGGAGGAGCCAGCGUGAACUUCCAGAUUCUUUCCCCUAAAAACAAGGGCCUGAUCCGCAGAGCUAUCUCACAGAGUGGUGUUGCUCUCUGUCCCUGGGCUGUCAACAGAAAUCCACGACAGUAUGCUGAGGAGAUUGCAAAGAAGGUAGGAUGCCCCACUGAUAGCGGGAUGGUGGCUUGUCUGAGGAGGACAGAUCCAAAGACUGUAACUCUUGCUGGGAAUGUGAACUUCAGUGCAUCUGCUUCUCGGAGGAGGUCAGGGUUCUCUCGAUUGCCCUGUCUGAAUCUAGAGGACCAGAUGCUGGUGUCGCAACUUAUGAGGAGUACACAGUCAAUUGGGGUAGCAAACCUAGUG